UGUCCUCCACAAUCAACACAACACUUGUCUCGAACAAACAUAAAACAGGUGGACAAGUACACCUUUCCCCCGGCAGGGGCGACGGGAAGAAUGGCAACGCCCUCCCACAAGCUUAACAAGACGUUUAAGUUCAGGGACUACGCGCCGAAGGCCUUCAAGAAGCUCAGGCAGCACUUCGGCAUCGAGGAGUCGGCGUACAUGCUCUCCGUGGCUGGCAACUACGACUACCUGGAGCUGAUCACCAACUCCAAGUCGGGCAGCUUCUUCUUCUACUCUCACGACCAGAAGUACAUCAUCAAGGCUAUGAAGCGUGCGGAGGCGAAGUUUUUACGCAAGAUCCUGCCCAAGUACUACGCGCACCACCUCGCCCACCCCGGGUCGUUCCUCAUCCGCUUCUGCGGGAUGUAUCUGGUCAAGAAUGGCCACAAGAAAAUUCCGUUCAUCGUCAUGAAGUGCGUGGAGGGGGACACGAACAAGACGAUCCAUUCCAAGUACGACCUCAAGGGGAGCAGCUUGGGCCGUUCGGCAAAGGAGGGGGAGAAGGUCCUCAAGGAUAACGACCUCGACGUCAAGUACGGGAAGAUACACCUCGGCUCCCAGAAGGCCGCGUUUGUCGAGGCCGCGAAAGCUGACGCGGAGUUCCUGUGCAGCGUGAACGUGAUGGACUAUUCGAUGCUGACGUGCAUACACGACUCGUCAAGACCGCCGGACGAGGAGGCCGUUCGACGCGAUUCCACCGAGCCCCGUUACUCUACUUUUUACACCUUUGCCGACGAGGCUAAGGACCGGACGACGCCCGAGUUCGAGAGGAUUCCGAGUUCGGGGGAUGCUUCGGCUCCCGCUGGGACCGCUGCUUCGAGAGGGGCGCAGGAGGGGAGGGGGGAUGCGGGGGCGGCGACGGCCGCUGGAAGGGACGAUACGUUACAAAACGGGGCAGCGCAAAAUGAGGACGAACCCCCCCCGGUGGGGCCCGGGGGAGAGUCGGUCGUCCGGUACCGAGCAGACGGAGGCGUCAAGUCCGAGGUUGACGGGGGGGCGCCUGGAAAGGACAUCUACUAUCUGGGCAUCAUCGACAUCUUGCAGCAAUACAACACUCGCAAGCACGUUGAGACGUUCUGGAAGGGGCUGACCCACGACCGCUAUGAGGUAUCCUGCGUCGACCCGAAGCUCUACUACGAGCGAUUCGUCGAUUUCUUGGACCACCACACGGAAUAGACCCAUGAACACUUUUGGUUACAACACCGCGGACAAUAAUAACGAGUAAUUCUAGGGUAAAGCAUGUAGCAGCAAGCGGUUGUUGCUUGUUUGGUUCACGUAUUUAUUUAUUUAGUUACACAGCAGUCAACCAGCCCGCUUUUGCGUGGAUUUUGGUCGGUUGAGGAGCGUAUCACUACUUUCUGCUGGUGUCCUGUGUGAUCGAUCUUCCUGUGACUGGUUUCGUCUUCGGCGUCCUCAAGUUUUUGGUACCAGUAAAAAAGUAAAGCUUCUGGUCGCCGGUUCUGGCGUCUGCUUAGGGUCCUCUUCGGCACUGGUGGCCAUAAUUGGCGCGUUACAACGUAGCGUAACCUUGUGCGCCACGAGUACGUGUGCACUUCAAUGCAACACUGCUGUCAAUAAUGUUCCGUGGUGGACAGAUGCAUGGACCUAUGAUCCGCACCGUUUUACUUUUUAACUGGAUAUAUCUGCCACACGUGCGUGCGGAUGUGGCGUACUUCUGUUUUUGCGUGUACUGUUUGUCAUCCCACCAUGAUGUGGUAUCUGCUGCGUGGCUAUGUGUGGUGAUUGCUGUUUGACGCGUGGUUUGUGUGGCUGAGUAUAAAAAUGUAGUGAUACCUUGAUACGUACUGCUGUUACAUAACAAGCAGCUGUGUUGUUGUUGCAUGUGCCCGCGGGGGAGCGGCUCUCCAACAUCUUGGACAACACCGCCGGGCGUAAUUGAAACGAUCUCUUGAAAAUAGUGCGAGGCUUGACGUCUAUCUACACAAACCCAUUGGGGGGCUGCAAUGUGAACACGGAAGGCGUCCGUCCGCGUCAGUUCGACCGGUACGAGUGUUAAACGGUCUACUUUGCACAUGAGUGAGGCAGACCGGAACGAUGUUUGUAGACUACACAGUGAAAAACACCACACAUUUAUCCACACACACGUAGGCGGGAACGAUGUCUGUAGACUACACAGUGAAAAACACCACACAUUUAUACACACACGUAGGCGGGAACGAUGUUUGUAGGCUACACAGUGAAAAACACCACACAUUUAUACACACACAGUAGGCGGGUUCCGCGGUAAAGCCGAAUUUAUUUGGGGGGGAGGGGACGGUAGUCACCAUGCCCCCCCCAACCCUUGAAAUUUUUAUACAAUGAUCCAAUAUCAUAGUUAUGAUGAUAUGCAAAAUUUGAAAGGCAAACCCGGUGGUGGUGGCCGGGUUUCAAUGCAUUAUGCUCUUUUUUCGAUUGCCAAUUUGCGAAACGCACAGACCGGGGAUGGUGCCAAAAUAUCACUGGUUUUGAAAAAUCGUCAGAUCGAUCUGAAAAUUUCAGGGUAUGUCAGUUUUGGGGUGGGGAUCACGAAUCCGUCGUUGGAUUUUUAUAAUAAAGUUAUUUAUGGGUGUUGCACGUGAUACUUUUCUCGCCGCUGUCGAUUGAAGCACAACAGAAAAACCGCAAGUUUACAAGUCGCAACACGCACAAUCUUCACCAAACCACGCGCUUAUCUUCACAAUAACACAGCAAAAAUGCAAACCAAGAUUUGAACGCACCAUCACCCAGCCCUUCAACCAAUAUCUACUUGCUGCUACCGCAGAAUAAGACCCAAACUGUGUACCGGGAACCCUGUCCAUCUGACAGGUAAGUGGUCGCCCCCUUCCGAAAAACAAUUUUCUUCGCCUUCUUUUUGCUCCCGACCACAGGAUCCACCCCAACCACAGGAUCUACACCAGUGACCAUGAUGACUGUCUCCUCUACUGCCUGCUCCUCGAGCUUCGUGCCGCAGGCCGGGUGCUUGCUCCUGGUGUAGCACCGCUCGUACUCAUGCACGCGACAGGCAGAGCAAAAACAACAGGCCAAACCGGUGUGCAGUUUGUGCCGGAGAACCACCUUCUCGACACAAACCGCCUCUUUCGCCAGAGUCGGACCUUCC